AUGUCAGACGGGAGACCCUCGGGAGCGAAGUGGCCGCCAGCGGCUAGGCAGCUUGCUUCCAAAGGGAUUGUGUUUGUGACUGGUGGUUUGGACGGUUGGGAUUUAACUACCUCUGCGACCAAGGAUACGCCUAUUUAUGCAUGCAGCAUUAGUGUUGUAAACAAUGAGGAGGCACUUCUGUGA